AUGGCGCAGGCCCUGAUGCCCCGCUAUGCCGAGGCGCAGCAGAUCUCCUUCACCGAUUCGCGGAUGAAGGGCGCCUACGUCGAGUACCCCUCGCCCGGCGGUACGUCGGGGACGAUGCGCGGGUAUCUCGUGCAACCUGCCGGCGAGGGACCGUUUCCGUCGGUGUUGGUCAUGCACGAGAACCGCGGGCUGAAUCCGCACAUCGAGGAUGUCGCCCGGCGCGCGGGCGUGGCCGGGUUCCUGGCGCUGGCCCCGGACGGUUUGUCUCCGGUCGGCGGUUAUCCCGGCAACGACGAUGACGGCCGCGUCCUGCAGCGGAGCCUCGAGCCGGAGCAACUGGACCAGGACAUGAUCAACAGCGCCCGGUAUCUCAAGGCCCAUGCGUUGUCCAACGGGCGGCUCGGCGCCACGGGGUUCUGCUGGGGCGGCGGCAUGACCAAUCGCCUCGCCGUCGCGCUGGGUGCGGACCUCGAUGCCGGCGUGCCGUUCUACGGCGCCGCCGCCGCGACCGAGGAUGUGCCGCAGAUCGAAGCCGCCAUGCUGAUCAUCUAUGCGGGCACCGAUCGGCGCAUCAACGCGAUGUGGCCCGCCUACGAGGCGGCGCUGCAGGCGAACGGCGCGACCUACGAGAUGCGCAUGUUCGAGGGCACGCUGCACGGUUUCCACAACAACUCGACGCCGCGCUACAACGAGGCGGCCGCCGCGCAGGCCUGGAACCACACCGUCGGCUUCUUCCGGGAGCACCUCAGCGGGUAG